GGCGGUUUGGUCUCGAGCAGCUGAAACCGGUUUGAGCGGAGCCGCUUCCUGCCGCCGCGGGCCGCCUGGGGGAGCGCUGGCGAGGCGCAGACGGCGUGCGCCCGGCUCCAACGCCCGCGGCUCUCGCUCUCGGCCGCGGCGGCGCGGACCCGCGGACUUGCGGACCCACGGACCCGGCAGCACAACAUCCUAAAAUAAAUCCAUCAGAAUGACUCCUUCUCAGGUUACCUUUGAAAUAAAAGGGACUCUUUUACCAGGAGAAGUUUUUGCAAUAUGUGGAAACUGUGAGGCCUUGGGAAACUGGAAUCCUCAAAAUGCUGUGGCUCUUCUUCCAGAGAAUGAGACAGGUGAAAGCAUGUCAUGGAAAGCAACCAUUGUACUCAGUACAGGAGUAUCAGUUCAGUACCGCUACUUCAAAGGGUACUUUUUAGAACCAAAGACUAUCGGUGGUCCAUGUCAAGUCAUAGUUCACAAGUGGGAGACUCAUCUACAACCACGAUCAAUAACCCCUUUAGAAAGUGAAAUUAUUAUUGAUGAUGGACAAUUUGGAAUCCACAAUGGCGUUGAAACUCUUGAUUCUGGAUGGCUAACAUGUCAGGCUGAAAUAAGAUUACGUUUGCAUUAUUCUGAAAAACCUCCUGUGUCGAUAACCAAGAAAAAAUUUAAAAAAUCUAGAUUUAGGGUAAAGCUGACACUAGAGGGUCUGGAGGAAGAUGACGAUGAUAGGGUCUCUCCCACCAUUCUUCACAAAAUGUCCAAUAGCCUGGAGAUAGCCUUAAUAAGCGACCAUGAAUUCAAGUGCAGGCAUUCACAGCCAGAGUGUGGCUAUGGCUUACAGUCUGAUCGUUGGACAGAGUACAGUAUACAGACAAUGGAACCAGAUAACCUGGAACUAAUCUUUGAUUUUUUUGAGGAAGAUCUCAGUGAACAUGUAGUUCAGGGUGAUGCCCUUCCUGGACAUGUGGGUACAGCGUGCCUCUUAUCAUCCACCAUUGCUGAGAGUGGGAAGAGUGCUGGAAUCCUUACUCUUCCCAUCAUGAGCAGAAAUUCCAGGAAAACAAUAGGCAAAGUGAGAGUUGACUAUAUAAUUAUUAAGCCAUUACCAGGAUACAAUUGUGACAUGAAAUCUUCAUUUUCCAAGUAUUGGAAGCCAAGAAUACCAUUGGAUGUUGGACAUCGAGGUGCAGGCAACUCUACAACAACUGCCAAGCUGGCAAAAGUUCGAGAAAAUACUGUUGCUUCCUUAAGAAAUGCUGCUAGUCAUGGUGCAGCCUUUGUAGAAUUUGAUGUACACCUUUCAAAGGACUUUGUGCCUGUGGUAUAUCAUGAUCUCACCUGUUGUUUGACUAUGAAGAAGAAAUUUGAUGCUGAUCCAGUUGAAUUAUUUGAAAUUCCAGUAAAGGAAUUAACAUUUGACCAACUCCAGUUGUUAAAGCUUGCUCAUGUGACUGCACUAAAGUCUAAAGAUAGGAAAGAAUCUGUGGUUGAGGAGGAAAAUUCCUUUUCUGAAAAUCAGCCAUUUCCUUCUCUUAAGAUGGUUUUAGAGUCUUUGCCAGAAGAUGUGGGGUUUAACAUAGAAAUAAAGUGGAUUUGCCAACAAAGGGAUGGAAUGUGGGAUGGUAACUUAUCAACAUAUUUUGACAUGAAUCUGUUUUUAGACAUAAUUUUAAAAACUGUUUUAGAAAACUCUGGGAAGAGGAGAAUAGUGUUUUCUUCAUUUGAUGCAGAUAUUUGUACAAUGGUUCGGCAAAAGCAGAACAAAUAUCCCAUAUUAUUUUUGACUCAAGGAAAAUCUGAUAUCUACCCUGAACUCAUGGACCUCAGAUCUCGGACAACAACUAUUGCAAUGAGCUUUGCACAGUUUGAAAAUCUACUGGGCAUAAAUGCACAUACUGAAGACCUGCUCAGAAACCCAUCCUAUAUUCAAGAGGCGAAAGCUAAGGGACUCGUCAUAUUUUGCUGGGGUGAUGAUAACAAUGAUCCUGAAAACAGAAGAAAAUUGAAGGAAUUUGGAGUUAAUGGUCUAAUUUAUGAUAGGAUAUAUGAUUGGAUGCCUGAACAGCCAAAUAUAUUCCAAGUGGAGCAGUUGGAACGCCUGAAGCAAGAAUUGCCAGAGCUAAAAAGCUGUUUGUGUCCCACUGUUGGCCGCUUCGUUCCCUCAUCUUUGUGUGGCGAGCCCAAUAUCCACGUGGAUGCCAACAUCAUUGAUAAUGUGGAGAAUGCUUAGUUUUUAUUGCACAGAAGUCAUUGGGGGCAUGCUGUGCUAUUCUGGGUAUUCACUUUUCAUCAUUGAGCAUUGUUUAUCUAUGCCUUUUGGGUUUCUCAGUCCAAUAAAGCAAUAAUGGAGUA